AUGGGCAACGUGAUGUCUGCGAGCUUCGCACCCGAAUGCACGGAAUUGAAGCAUGAGUACGACAACUGCUUCAACCAGUGGUACAGUGAAAAAUUCCUGAAAGGGCUGUCGAUGGAAAACGAAUGCAGCAAACAGUGGUAUGCUUACACCACCUGUGUGGAGGCUGCGUUGGUGAAACAGGGCAUCAAACCUGCGCUCGACGAGGCCCGCAAGGAGGCGCCUUUCGAAAGCGGCGGUGAGCCCAGUGACAGCAAGUAG